AUGGCUAAACGCACCAGGAAGGUUGGAAUUGUGGGUAAAUACGGGACCCAUUAUGGUGCCUCCCUCAGGAAAAUGAUGAAGAAAACUGAAACCAGCCAGCAUGCCAAGUACACUUGCUCCCUCUGUGGCAAAACCAAGAUGAAGACACAAGCUGUAUGCAUCUGGCACUGUGGCUCCUGCAUGAAAAUGGUAGCUGGUGGUACUUGGACCUAUAACAUCACUUCCGCUGCCACAGUAAAGUCUGCCAUCAUAAGACUGAAGGAAUUGAAGGACCAGAAGAAGCACCACCAUUUGAAACAUUGCUAG